AUCGUUCAGGUGCUUGCUGCUGUUCUGGACCGAUUGGUCAUUCAGAAUGCCUCGAUCGCCAUGGGCGAUCCGGGACAGGUAACGAAGUUUCACGCAAUGAAAGCUCCCGGCAUCGGUGUGCUUCAAUAUUUAGAACGGAUUCACAAGUAUGCCUCGUGCUCGAGCGAAUGCUUCAUCUUGGCUCUUAUUUACAUCGACCGGUUGAUUCAACGAAACAACUUUCUUCUCACGGAUUUGAACGUGCACCGUGUGGUGAUCACAGCCGUAUUACUGGCAGCGAAGUUUUUUGACGAUGCGUACUACAACAAUGCUUACUACGCCAAGAUCGGAGGUGUUUUAGUGUCUGAGAUCAAUGGAUUGGAAGUGGAUUUUCUCUUCCGGAUCAACUUUAGUUUGCACGUGACCCCUGAUGUGUUUGACAAGUACCGUGCUCAACUU